AAUUAAUUAAAUAUUGUUAGCUAAAUAUGAAACUACGUAAAUCAUUUAAACGCUCAGCCGCGGCCGCCACCACUGCUGCCGAUAAAUGCCGUGACCGUAGUCUACAGACUGGCCGCCGAUAUCAUCUACCAUUGCCUACCGGUCCCUAUCCUAAUCUCGGCUAUUUGGAUGUACUGACCGGCUCUGGUAAACAGGACGGCCUACUGGUUCGCAUUAUAUAUCCGGCUGCCGAUCAAACUACCCCUACCACUGACCAGUGGCGCCAGUGGCCAAAUUGGUCGCCGCACGAUAACUAUAAGACUGGUUAUCUACGAGCUGCGCAACUGCCGGGACCUGUUGCCCGACUGGUCAACCAUUGGAGUACCGAUGUGUUCGUACCGAUUGUCGACAGUUGGGAACCGUUACGCGAAUCGCCAUUCGGACAGUCGUUUCCGGUGAUUAUCUUUUCCCAUGGAUUGCUCAGCUGUCGGACCACUUAUUCAAGUGUCUGUACCGAAAUGGCCUCUCACGGGUUCAUUGUUUUCGCCGUUGAGCACAGGGAUCAAACAGCGGUCGCAUCAUUUUACCCGUCGGCUGGCAAUACUACUAAUAAUAAGGACAACAACAACACCGAGACGGCAGCGUCGGCUGACGGCCAGUCAGCAGCCUAUGAAUGGGUAGACUAUCUACCGGUUAAGCUAUACGACAACGACCUACCCGUACGUAAUCGUCAAUUGGACGAACGUGUCGAUGAUAUUAGGCGUACCAUCCGAUUGAUUGGCGACAUAAACAACGGCAAUCGGGUGGACAAUGUGUUCGGGCGGUCGCCGACACCAGCAACCGAUGCUGUAGAGGACAGCAACCUCCAGGCGCUGGCCGGCCUACUGGACACAAACAAUUUGAUACUAAUGGGCCAUUCGUUUGGGUCGUCGACAACCAUCCGAUCGUUGGCCACCGAUGACCUGCGGGACAGUAUCCGAUUGGGCGUAUGUUUGGACGCCUGGAUGUAUCCGCUACAGCAACCGUGGACUCCAAGUCCCGGUGCUUGCAGUAAACCCCUGAUAUUUAUCAAUAUGGAACGCUUCCAGGUUCAGGGUCAAAAUUUGAAAAUGAUGAAACAAUAUAUCGGCGAGGAUGGCCAGAAUACGGAUGACCGACGGGUACAUACAGUCCGUCAGGCCAAACAUACCGACCAGAGUGACAUACCGUUUGUCCUGAACUCGGGUCUACUGUGGCUGACAGGUAUGCGACCAAUGGUCGAUCCGUUUGUUACACUGGAUCUGACCACUGGACUGGCACUCGAGUUUAUUGCCGACAAAUUGGACAUAAAACUAGUUAAUAGCAAACAAUAUAUCAUUGAUAGACACCGGGAUCUACUGAUGGACGGUAUUGAUGGCAAGUGGUGGCGACAACAACAACAACAACAACAAUGAUGAGAUGAUAAUAGACAUCGAUGUCCAUCAUCACUACCACCACCACUACCUAAAAAGACAACUACAAAAGCAAACAAUAGCAAAAAAUUUAUAGUUUUUAUUAUCUAUAUCUUAAAUUAUAGUUUAUUUAUUAUUAUARAUAGAUAGAUAGGAAAAAAAUUAAUUAAUUAAAUUAAAUCAAUGAUAUGUUAGG